AAAAAAGGUAGAAACAAAGAAAAACUCUCCAGUGAUCCCGAUAGAGAGCACGAGUGGACGAGGAUUUCGUGUUCAUAUUCGGGUGCCUUUUGCAGACAGCGCUGGACUAACGCGGUUAUAAUAGAAGACAGGGUAGACUCGUUAUAUAGCAUGUCUGUGGGUCUUAGCAAAUUGUAGAAAAAUACAUGAGCGACAAUAGCGACUAACAAUCCGUUCAGCUGCAUUUCACUGCGACCAAGCAAAGAGCUACACUUCCCUGAAUCCACAAGAAUCGACUGCAGUUACUAGCUAUUAAACCGGGAAGUGGUUGAAGUUUAAAUCAAUCUAUCUAUCUAUCUAUCUAUCUAUCUAUCUAUCUAUCUAUCUAUAUCCGUUACUCGAGUUUCUGUAACUCAAUGCGUUCUUCUCGUUAACACGUAUAGCCCUUAUUACCACACAUAAUUAGGGUUCACUGCUGCUAUUUCACUGUUAUAACCCUGAACUUGAUUCCAGCGAGGAAAUAAACGAAUCGAAUAACAGAAAGAAAGACGGGCUGCUGCAUUUUCUCCUGGGUGUGAGGCGCACAAGAUUUUGGAUGGGGCACGUACAUUGCGUCUCAAAGGUUCCGGACACUGACGCACACUCACCGGACUUACCGUACUUCAAACGGGGUGUGGAUCACAGCCAAGUCCCCGACUCAUCACCGCUGUCGCCGCCAGUGAAUCCUGCUUGUGACCCGCUGGAGCCCGGCCCGAUGAUUCUGCCUAACCUGUGCGUCAUCCCUGAGAAAUUGCUCACUACAGCCCGCUUUAAAGACCCUAGUUUCGGCUCACCACAGAGAGAAACCACGGAAGACCUUAUCAGGGUGGCCUCUGCCAUGACCCACCUCGAACUGUCUGGCUGGUACUGGGGUUCAAUCACAGCGGCGCAAGCCAAGGAGCUUCUAAAGGAGGCUGCAGACGGGACCUUCCUGCUGAGAGACAGCUCGAACCCAGGGUACCUGCUUACCCUCUCGGUGAAGACCAGCGUGGGACCGACCCACCUCCGCAUCGAGUACUCCGAGGGGGUGUUCUGCUUCGACUCCAUGGUUCUGGCCCGGCCCAGGCUGCGGCAGUUCGAUGGGGUGGUGGACCUGUUACAGCACUACGCCCUCACCUGCCUGCGAGCCGCAAGUGCCCAGGAGGAGCGUGAAUCUGACCCAUCUUCCAAAGCCACGGUGCCACCAAAAGAGACCUCCCUUCAGCUGAAACUCACCCGCCCCCUGUAUGUGGAGACCCCGAGCCUCCAGCACUUGUGCAGGGUGGCCAUUAACCAGAGCUCCCGAAACAACAUGGACCUGCCUCUGCCCCCCAGGCUGAAGGUCUAUCUUCAAGAAUACCCCUUUUACCUAUAGUGAUAUCUAACAUUGGCGCCGCCCUUGUGGACACUAUAGGUUUUUUUUUAAAAACAAAAAGCAGGCUUUUAAUGGCUUCUGCUUACUGUUUAUCAAAAGGCAUUUUAGUUUCUCUAAAGGUAGUCAGUGACUGGUGCUGCCCAGUUUAUGCAACUGGCAAUGUACAACGCAUACUCGCUAUAACACGGGUCUCAGGGGGGACACAAUAUGAGCGCUGUAACCAAAGAGCAUUAUAAAUGAGGGGGGAGCGGGGGGCACGAGACACAUAACACACAUCUGACUAAAAUACAAAACAAAAUAACCCCCUCUCUAUAAUGCACAUAUAGUGAAUUAAAAACGGAACUUUCCAUGAGUUAACCAUAACUUUCCUUUCUAACCGAGAGCCUUAUAGCGAGGGAGCACUGUAUUAUAUAUGUGGACUUGUUAAUUGCCACUAACUGGGUGUGAGUAGGCAGCUGGGUUACCUGCUGUAAGUAUGUAACUUUAAAUGCCCUGGUUUCUGAUGCAGUCGACCAUUACCAGCAUCAGCCCGUCGACAGGAGCGUUCCCACAAAUUGUCAGGAUAUCAACAAACAAAAGAGCGACACAAAUAACAACGUUUGAGCUCUUCAGCCCUGAACGAUGGAUUCAGUUGAAACGUCCAGCUGUUUUAUUCUCUAGUUGUUCGGUGCUGUUCGUCCGGGCCACCAGACACAGGAGGACCCUUCUUAAACACACCGGUGACACUCAGAAUGCUGUAUUGAACCUCUGAGAAGUGGGAUUGCAUGUUGUCAGGAAAUAGCAUAUUUAAGUAUAGCACUUAGGAUACAUUCCCCUUUAGCUAAGGCAUUGCAACACCCUGCUACUCAAGAAACACUGAAAGGGGUCUUUGUGUUACUAAUUCUUAACAGUUAUUCAAGAUUUGUGUCAUAUUCCAAAUGCAUCCCACAAUCAUUCUUGUGACAUUCCUAAUCAGGGAAGCGAAGCAGGAUUUAAUGUCUAUUAAACGAAUGCAUUUACACAGUAAUGUAAAAAGGAAUAACAAAAACUGAAAAAGAAUGCAAAAAACAAUCUACAUUGAAUCCAAACAUUUUUUUUUUUUUAAAUCAUAUUGAGAAAUAACAGACGGCUCACAAAGCUGACAAAGAGAAUGCAUGAAGAAUCCUAAGAGAAUUCAUAGUCGCUGCUUCAGAAUGGUUUUAGACUUUGCCCUGGCCAGAGUACAGCAUGGAGCAGAAUUCAAGUAUAUGUAACCCAUUGAUCUUCUAGUAAAUAUUUUGCCUUGUGGACCAAAUUCCUUUAAAGCUCCUGAUUUCCACACACUUUACAGUGGUCUCAUAACCAGAUUGAUGAGAAGAGCAUGUUCUAGACAUGCAAUCUAACUGGGCGGUCUGGUUUGUACUGGUCUGUACUGGUUUGUACUGGUCUGUGCUGGGCUUGUGGGAGUGGAAUCAUUACAUCUCGUUAGUGGAUCAAGAAGUGUUGUUAACACCACCAUUGUGAAAUGUUUUAUGGGUCAAAUAAAAAAUAUGUUUUAAAG